AUGGCGACGGACGGCGCGCGCGGCGGCGGCGCGACGGCGACGGACGCGAAAAAAAACGAUGGACGCACGAUUUGGUCGUACAGGGACGAGUGCCAGACGUGGCGCAACUACGACGCGUCGAAGGGGUUGCGAUACACGCGAGAAUCGAUCGAUGCGAUGACGCGCGCGCACGAGUCGUUCGGGGAGCUGACGAAAGACUUGGACAUGGACAUCGAUGAUCCGGGGGAGCGGGCGUUGAAUAUUUUGAGAAGGGAACGCGCGGAUCCGACGAGGCCGCCGGACGAGCCGACGCCGUUGCGGUUGAAACCGUUCGACGCCUCGCCGGGAGACGAGACGUGCGUGGUGAAGUAUACGUUUAGAAAUGAACUCACGACGAUCGGGGAGGUCGUCGAGGAGUUGGCGGAGAUGCUGGGAUUGAUGCCGUGCGCGGUGUCGCUCGUGCACGCGGGGCGCGAGCUCGGGCCGCUCGAGCACACGUUGACCGAUUGCGGUGUUUGCGCGAAUUACGUGGUGUACUGGCGCGUGAAAAAUGGCAUCGCGGUGGUGACCACCGCGUGA